GACCGGAAGGAGUUGCCGGCCCUUCCGGCGUCCGGCGGCCCUGCGGUUACCUCAGUGAUGUCGUGGGUUCAAGCUGCUUCUUUGGUCCAAGGUGCUGAAGAGGAGGGGGACGUGUUUGACGAGGAAGCUGAUGAGUCGCUCCUGGUGCAGCGGGAAUGGCGGAGCCACAUGCAGAGACGAGUCAAAGAAGGCUACAGAGAUGGAAUAGAUGCUGGCAAAGCAGUUACUCUUCAGCAAGGCUUCAAUCAAGGUUAUAAGGAAGGUGCAGAAGUCAUCAUAAACUAUGGACAACUUAGAGGAACAUUGAGUGCUUUGCUCUCCUGGUGUCACCUUCAUGAUAAUAGUUCGGCUUUGAUCAGUAAAAUAAAUAAUCUUCUGGAUGCAGUUGGCCAGUGUGAAGAGUAUGUGCUCAGACAUCUGAAAUCAAUCACUUCACAGCCACAUGUUGUAGAUUUAUUGGACUCCAUUCAGGAUAUGGACCUUUGUCAUGUAGCUCCAGCUGAGGAAAAGAUCGAUGAAGCUAAAGAUGAAAGAUUCUGUGAAAAUAAUGCUGAGUUUAACAAAAACUGUAGUAAGAAUCUUAGUCGGGUAGAUUGUUCAUCUUUAGAAUGUUGUAGAGCCCAGGAGCAUGCACGCCCUGAAAACCCAAGCCUCACUUGGAUUUUAGAACAGACAGCCAGUUUGGUAAAACAGCUGGGAGUAUCAGUAGACAUAUUACAACACCUCAAACAACUAUAAAAAUUACCUUCACUUUAAUAAUGGAAGCAAAAAAAAAAUAAUGGAAGCAGUGUUCAGAACAUUCUUAGAACAUUUUGUUUCUGAACAAGCUAACCAAAAUUUGCACUGAUUCCUGCACUUCACUUUGUAAGGGUAUCCCUUCAUGUAAUGUUGAAACAUCUUCAAAAUUAAUACUAUUAAAUGUAAUAUAAUCCUUCUUUCUUUGUCACUGGUAAUUUUUAUGUGACUUAAGUUAUGCUCAAAAAUUUCAGUUGUCUUCAUUUUCUGAGGACUCAUUACUAUCAGAAAUGAACAAGAAUCAGACUACAGUUGACCCUUGAACAACACAGGUUUUAAAGAUACCCAUCCACCAGGCAGUGAAAAAAAAUCUGCAUACUACUUAUAGCUGUCCCUCCAUAUCUGUGGUUAUGAGUCUCAGAUUCAACCAGUCUCAGAUCAUGUAGUACUGUAAUAUUUACUAUUGAAAAAGGUCCAAGUGUAAGUAGACCCUCAGGGUUCAAACCCAUGUGUUCAAGAUCAACUGUUAUUUUGUAAGGACUUAGCCCUACUUUCUGCUCCUGUCACAUUGUCUUGUGAUUAGGACCUCAUCAACUAAUCAGACCAAAGUUACAAAAAAUAACCUAAUGGCUAAAGUUGUAAAUAGACACAGAUAUAUAUAUAUGUGGAUGUAUUAUAUUGAAAUUAAGAGGCUAAUAAGUGUAAAGCUGAAGACAUGUUUAUACUGAUAAUUAAAAACAAUUCUAAAGUU